CUAUCUUUGUUUACGUGUUUAUUUAUCUUUUGAACGCCAUUGACUAAGAUAAUGUCUGUUUAUGAUUUGGUUGUGGUUGGAGCAGGAUUAAUAGGUUCUGCGACAGCAAGACAUGCAUCACAAUGGGGCAGUGUGUGUUUGGUAGGACCAGAAGAACCAAAAUCACGAACACUAGAUGAUGCUCGAGAUAUUUAUGGAGCGCAUUAUGAUGAAGGUCGAAUGACACGAUGUAUAGCACAUGAUCCUGUAUGGGCAACAUUAUGUCAAAACUCCAUUGCUAGGUAUAGAAAACUAGAGGCCGACUCAGGUAUAUCCUUUUAUGAUGAAGUUGGGGCGUUAGUGCUUGGUGAAAACAAUUCUGAGUAUAUGAAUCAAAACGAAAAUGUGAUAAAAGCUCAAAAUGUGAAAAUUAGUAGACUGACAUAUGAUGAACUUAGACAACAGUAUCCGUACCUAAAUGUUUCCUCUAGGGACUAUGGUUUAUACGAGGGUACAAAUGCAGGUUAUAUCAGUCCACGAAAGGUUGUUAAGGCACAGAUCCAGCAGGCAAAAUUAUACGGCUGCACUGUUAUCCCUGAAGUCGCUAAUGAAGUGUCUAGAGUGGUACAAGGUGGCAAAUAUCUUAUGCGCAUUACCACCGACUCCAAACACAUACUUGCACGAAAGGUUUUAUUGGCAACUGGAGCAUUCACUCCAUUUAGAAACCUUCUACCACGUGGUCUUGAACUUGACCUAAAGUUAAUCCCGAUAACGGUGGCAAAGGUGGAGAUUUCCGACUUAGAUUUUAAGAAAAUAAAAGACAUGCCUGGUAUGGUUUAUUUUGGAAAAGGUACUGACGAUUGGACGCAGGCGUUUCCACGUGAUCAAACUGGGUUAAUAAGCUGGUAUAUGUUACCUCCAGUAAAAUAUCAGGACGGUAAAUAUUAUAUAAAGCUGGGACAUUUUCAACAUGUUGUUCCUACACAUUUUACCACAUGCAAAGAAAUGAAGACAUGGUUUUGUAGUACUGGGGAUAAAUGCAUUGUCAACGCUACUGCUGAUUUGAUUGGCAAUAUAAUCAAAGGUGUCAACAGGGUUUCGUAUCAUGGAGAUUGUUGCGUUAUAACAGAGACAUCAACAGAAAGACCCUACAUUGAUAUGUUACAUUCCCAACUUGGUGUUGCAAUAGGUGGUAAUGGGUACGGAGCCAAGUCCAGUGAUGAGAUAGGACGAAUCGCAGCGGCAAUGGUAUUGAAAAAUGAAUGGGAUUCAACUAUUCCGAGGACAGUAUUUCAGGCUAGAUUUAAAGAUGUGGAUUCAAAGUUGUAGACAACAUACAGAUGUUUUCAAAUUUGUAAAUUACAGAGAUUCAAUUUUUGAAUAAGUAUAUAUAGACAGAAUUAAUUGAUAAUAUGAAAUUGGAUAUAUAACUUUAUUGGAUCACACAUAAUUGGUUUAGAGUUUUGAUUCAACGUUUUUCCAACCAUUGAUUUUUAUGCAGAAAGAAAUUCGUGGAUUUUCACUGCAAAGUCUCUAUUUUUUUACAUCUUAAAAAAAUAACAACGCCAGUGAUAAGAAUAAAAACAAAAAUUUUAUUAUGAUAUUAGACUAUAAAAUUCAAGUAUUUUAACUCUUUGACAAAACGUAGUUUUACCAAACAUGAAAAAUAUAUCAGAAAGUGUAGAUUAGCGAACAGUUUACCCGUCAUUGGUUAUGUGACAUGUUAGGAUUUUACACAUUACAUGAACACUUUUAAGUAAUUUAAAAAACCUCAACCAAGUUUUGAAAUAAAAAAAAGCUAGUAUGAAAAUUAUUCUUUAUAAAAGAAAUAAACGUAAACUACAUAUUAAUAGCAUUGUAUUUUCUACAUUAACUAGUAUAUAAAUAGUCUGUUCAAGCUAUGUGCAGUGUGAACUACCUAAUGACAGUGGCUUUUUGGAUAUAAA